CAAAUUUGUUUGACAAAGGGCGGGAAACCCCGGAAAGCCCUUUAGCAAGAGUGAGUUUCUUCACAAGCACAGGCGAUUUUGUAUGCAAGUAAAAAUAUAUAUGACUAGUACAGAAAUAGGCCUUACAGGUACUGACAGUCACAAUGUCACAUUACAAGAUGAACGACGGACACCGACUCUUUCUACAGUCAUUUAUGUCUAGAGGAAUCCUGAACGCUAAGGAAGUGAAGCAGCUCUUCAAGAUUUGUUGUCUGAAAUACAACUUGCGAUACACAGAGAAUGAAAAAGAAAAUCAAGAAGCGCUCAAAGAGUUUGUAAGAACUGUAAACCACCACACAGAACCAUUACACAUGCAAAUACGUAAAGGUGUAUGUGAAGACGAUGGCACGAGUUCAUAUGGAUUGGUUUGUACGAGUGAGUCGACAAUCACAAAGCUUGCAUCAGACUACACGCCAAGUGAAUUGGAGUUCUUCAAAAAACUUAUAGAAAUCAUUGUGGCAUCUAAGGAUGCUGAAGUAGGGUCCACGGAAGCCCUUAAUCUGGUCAGUCGACUGGAAAAUGUCAAGAAGCUGUCCAAGGAUGAUGCGGAGGAUCUGUUGUCUCGUCUGGAAACCAAUAAAUGGAUAAAGAUGACCCGUGGGAAGAUAAGUCUAGCCACGCGAUCUCUCCUGGAGCUGGAUCACUACAUACAAGAAAUCUACCAGGAAGACGUAUCGCAGUGCAACAUCUGCAAGAAACUCUGUCUUAAGGGACAAACUUGUUUUGCAUGUGGCACAAAACUCCACUUUCACUGUGCCAGCAAACUUUUUGAGAGAGAUGAGUUUCCAAAAUGUCCUAAGCAAGGCUGUAAAAAACCCUGGUCACAUGACAUUAGAAGAACGCCAAGAAAAGAGGAGGUUUUAUACUCAAGGUCUCCAGAAAAGAGCCAACGAAAGAGAAAGGCAGAUGUUAGCUGAACUGUAUAUGUGUGACCUUAGUGUGAUUUAUGAUUGGACAGGAUGGCAGUGUGUUGGUAUUUGAAAUAUUCGUACAUGCCAAUUUUUAGAUUGUGAGUUGGGGGAGGGGCUUUUAGUCACCUCCUUACUUUGGAAAUUAAGCUAUCUAAUUUUAGACACUACAGUAUAUCUGAACUUAAUUUUUACUUUAGAAGUUCUGAUAAAAUAUUUCUUGUGCUCAUUAAUAUUAGAAAUAAUGAAAAUGAUUUUUUUCCAGAAGCACUUACUGAUUCAUAUUGUUUUACAUUUUCUAUUUCUCUCUUCAACGAAAUUGAAAUAUUUACAGGUUAACAUUGAGCAUAUGAGAAAAUUACAGAAGGUAGUAAUUCGUAAUGUAUUAGUGUUACUGUAUUCUGCAUUUCUAAACAACCAAUGUAAAAGAACAAAUAGAAAGCUGAAUUUUAACAUUGAAUGCAAAUAUUGUUUUUUUUACAACUCUUUGAUGGGAAUAUGUGUUCUGAAAUAAAUGUAAACAAAGAAGAC